AGCUCCGGGGGCGGAGAUGAGCGGUGUCCCUCCACCUCCUCCAAUGGAAACGAGGCAGAGGCGGGCCCAGUGGCGAGAGGACCAUGGCGUGGACACAGCUGAAAAAGCGGGCCCAGGAUGCCUUGAUCAUCCUGGGGGGUGGAGGACUGCUCUUCGCCUCUUACCUGACGGCCACGGGGGAUGAGCAUUUCUACGCUGAACACUUGAUGCCGACUCUGCAGGGGCUGCUGGACCCCGAGUCAGCCCACAGGCUGGCUGUUCGUGUCACCUCCCUGGGGCUCCUUCCUCGUGUCACAUUUCAAGACUCCGACAUGCUGGAAGUGCGAGUCCUGGGCCAUAAAUUCCGAAAUCCAGUAGGAAUUGCCGCAGGAUUUGACAAGCAUGGGGAGGCUGUGGACGGACUGUACAAGAUGGGCUUUGGUUUUGUUGAGAUAGGCAGCAUCACCCCAAAACCUCAGGAAGGAAACCCCAGGCCGCGAGUCUUCCGCCUCCCCGAGGACCAAGCCGUCAUUAACAGAUACGGAUUUAACAGUCACGGGCUCUCGGUGGUGGAACACAGGUUACGGGCCAGACAGCAGACACAGGCCAGACUCACAGAAGGUGGGCUGCCACUGGGAAUAAACCUGGGGAAGAAUAAGACCUCGGUGGAUGCUGCCUCGGACUACGCAGAGGGGGUUCGAGUCCUGGGCCCCUUGGCUGACUACCUGGUAGUGAACGUGUCCAGUCCCAACACUGCAGGGCUGCGGAGCCUUCAGGGAAAGGAUGAGCUGCGCCACCUGCUGACCAAGGUGCUGCAGGAGAGGGAUGCCCUGAAGGGAGCGCACAAGCCGGCCCUGCUGGUGAAGAUUGCACCCGACCUCACGGCACAGGACAAGGAGGACAUUGCCGGGGUGGUGAGAGAGUUGGGCAUCGAUGGGCUGAUUGUGACGAACACCACAGUGAGUCGCCCUGCCAGCCUUCAGGGUGCCCUUCGCUCCGAAACAGGAGGGCUGAGUGGGAAGCCCCUCCGGGACUUAUCGACGCAAACCAUCCGGGAGAUGUACGCACUCACCCAAGGCAGAGUUCCCAUCAUCGGGGUUGGCGGUGUGAGCAGCGGGCAGGACGCACUGGACAAGAUCCAGGCAGGGGCCUGCCUGGUGCAGCUGUACACGGCCCUCACCUACUGGGGGCCACCUGUGGUGGGCAGAGUCAAGCGGGAGCUGGAGGCCCUUUUGAAGGAGCAGGGUUUUCCCAGCGUCACAGACGCCAUUGGAGCAGACCAUCGGAGGUGAGGACACUGUUGGUGGGAAGCCCGGUCCAGACGCUUCUUCCCACUAAGCCAGGCGAGCCUGUGGCUGGAUCGAGAGGGAGGACUGUCUCAGGCCACAUCCGCAAACCACAGGGGCCCCUUCUGUGAGGCCAGGCGGGCUGUGAAAGCCACUUGCGAGGGUCCCAGAAUCAACACAAAGCUUUCUUCAGUCACCUGCCAGGAGGAACUGCAUCCGGGACCUUUUCCAGACUCAGGUCCCAGGAUCCUUUCAUAUCCUGAGGACAUGAGAUCUUUGGGGGCCGGGGGCUCAUGGAAAAAAUAAAGCAAUUUAAAACCUGGAUAAACCCAGCUCUUUCUGGAAGGUCCACCGGCUUCAGGCACUGCAGGUCCUUCCAGGCCUCUGCUAUCUGGGUCUGCAAUGGGUUUCCCAGAGCUUGACGCUUACGUUCUAUUUUUGUUCUUAUUUAAGUUUUAACUUAAUUUUGAAAACAUUUCAAAUUCAGACAAAACUUGUAAGAACAGGGCUUGUGGAUAGCUGUCCUCUCCGUGUCUUCACAGCCUCUUGUCGCUGAGUGUCUGUGUCCUGAUCAUUGCUUACAAGGACGCCAGUCAUUCUGGACUGGGGCCCACGCCAGUGACCUCAUUUUAACUUGACUGCCUCGCUCAUGACCCUGUCUCCAAGCAAGGGCACACUCUGCGGUAUCGGGGAGUUAGGAUUUCAACACAUCGAUUUGGGAACACACAACUCAACCCAUCACAAGAAGUCACAUGUCAUGUGAUGUGGGUGCCAUCAGGCACAUAAGAUGUGAGACGAGAGACUGAAGAGGUGUAGUUGUUAACUAAAUACAAAGAGAAACACCAAUCUUCUCAGUACUGGGAAGCACACGGGCAAGAGAAGUGCGAGCCUCGUCUGGGAAGUGCUGUGGUGCCUGGCACGCCUUCUGAGCCAACAGAAAAUCACCUUUGUUCCCUUUGCCUCAGGACAGACUAUUUUGAUUUCUCGGUAGCUUGGGGAGAAGCCCGGAGCUGCAAUAGCGAUAACGUGUCCUGUUGCCUCAUCUUUUCAUCUCAGCCUCAGCCUGGGCCUCCUUCUCCCCAUUCACUCUUUGCCAAGAAACAGGGAGCCAGUCUCCUGCUAUUUUUCUUCCAAAGAUUUUUUUCCUGGUUUUUAUUUUAUUAUGAAAAUACCUACUCAUUAAUAAAUUUAUAUCAUACAGCCCCCAAGUGAAAGCUGUCUACCUCUUCACCCCCUCCCAAAAUGAUUCCACUUCCCAGAGGUAAUUUCUGUAUCUCUAGAUAUUUCUAAACAUUUUUCUUUGUAUAUAUGAACAUCCGUAUCCAUUACUACUUUUUUAAUCUAGCUGCAUGCACAUAUAUAGAAAUGCUUCAAGAACAGUGCGAAGAACUGUUUUAAUACUAAGUCACCUGAGAGUAAAUUGCUGACCUGAUGCCCCAC